AUGAAGAUAGUGUACCGGCCCCUGGACAUAGGCAACCUGGCGCACUUCGAGCAGCUGAAGAGGCUUAUAGACGCCGAUCUCUCUGAGCCGUACUCCAUAUAUGUGUACCGUUACUUCCUGAACCAGUGGCCAGAUCUGACAUUCCUGGCGUUCGAUGCUGAUGCAGUCGGCCAGGACGGGAAUGGAGAAGAUGGUAUUGCAGGUGCAGUGCCGAUUGGGUGUAUAGUGUGCAAGAGCGAGAUGCACCGCAGCAGCCGGUUGCGCGGCUACAUCGGUAUGCUGGCGGUGGCGAGCGCAUACCGCGGACACGGGAUCGCGAAGCGGCUGGUGCAGAUCACGUUGGAGAAGAUGGCGGAGAUGCAGUGCGACGAAGUGAUGCUGGAGACGGAGGUGAGCAACGUUGCGGCGCUAAACCUGUAUGAAGGCAUGGGGUUCAUCCGCAUGAAGCGGAUGUUCCGGUACUACCUGAACGAGGGUGACGCGUACAAGCUUAUCUUGCCGCUAACUGAACGCAGCUGCAUACGCACAACAUUUUUAAAUCAGUGA